GCCUUUCGAAGCAGGACGCCGAACGCCCGCCCCGCCAUUUUACACCGGAAGUUCCUGUCAGGACGACUGCGGUCAUAGAGCCAGAAACAGGACGCCCUCUUAACAGAUGUGCUUGGCAUUUCCGGUGCCCUUUAUCCUCCGGCGGCUGACUAGAGACACUCCCCCCUUCGCUAGACGCUGAACUGAAAGCAAAAAAAAGAAGCCAGGCGGGUUCUGCGUCGUUCUAGUUUCGGUUUGUCUCUAUGGUUCCCUCCCCCGUCUCUGACGGCCCAUUGCUGGGCGGGGGCCGGCGGGGGUAUCGAUAGCUCUGCGGUCGUCCCGCCCGCCUUGUCCUACUUCGCUCGGCCAUCGAGCUGUUCCUACUUUCCUCGCAGGCCGAGGUCGAGCGAGACGGACGCCGGUGAGGACUGUCGCAGCCCCUCCCCUCGGCCAGGUCAUACUUUGAACUAUGGAGGAGAGCAACCAGGAAUGAUGAGAAAGGCCUAGCCACACUCUCCUAGGAAGUAGUCAUGUUGGAGGGGUUGGUAGCCUGGGUUCUCAACAACUAUCUAGGCAAAUAUGUCAGUAACCUGAACACGGACCAACUUUCAGUAGCUCUUCUAAAAGGUGCUGUGGAAUUGGAAAAUCUCCCAUUAAAGAAAGAUGCCUUGAAGGAAUUGCUGCCGUUUGAGGUCAAAGCUGGCUUCAUUGGCAAGGUCACGCUGCAGAUACCAUUUUAUCGCCCGCAUGUGGACCCCUGGGUGAUAUCAGUGUCCAAAUUACACCUUAUUGGCUCACCAGAGAAGCCAGGAGAUUUUGACGAAGAAAGAGAGAGGCUGUUUGAAAGAGAAACCAAGAAAGCGCUCUUAUUAGCACUGGAAGAAAAAUGGAAAAAAGAACAGGAGCAGGCAGCAGAAUCUUACUGGUAUUCAGUCACUGCCUCUGUCGUCACAAGCAUUGUAGAAAACAUCGAAUUAAAAAUCCAAGACGUCCAUUUAAGAUUUGAAGAUGACAUCACAAAUCCAUCACAGCCUCUUGCGUUUGGAAUCUGCAUUAAAAAUGUCUCUGCUCAGAAUGCUGUGAAUGAGCCAGUGGAGGAGCUAAUGAGGAAGAAACAGUUGGAGAUUGCUGAUUUCAGCAUCUACUGGGAUACUGACUGCGCUUUAAUGGGAGACUUGCCACCAGGGGAACUGCAGGAAGCCAUGGACAAGAGCAUGGAGAGCCGAGAGCACAAUUACAUCCUCGAGCCCGUGUGCACCUCUGCUCUUCUCAAGAGAAACUGUUCGAAGGAGCCCCUGAGGUCCCGGCAUUCUCCGCGGCUUGAAUUUGACAUUCAGAUGGAGACGAUACCUCUGAAACUUUCACAGGCCCAGUACCGGCAAAUAAUGGACUUCUUGAAGGAGCUGGACCGAAAAGAGCGGCAGCUCAAGUAUAGAAGAUGGAGACCCAAGGUGGCCGUCACUGGAAACUGCCGCGAAUGGUGGCUCUUUGCUCUGAAUGCAAACAUCGCAGGGAUCAGAGAGCAGAGAGAACGCUCUUCCUGGGAAUUUGCACUGCAUCGAGCCGAAGAUGCCGUCUUGUACACUGAUCUGUAUUACAAGAAAUUGAAGGAUGUGCCACUGUCUGCUGCAGAACAGGAAGAGAUGGACCGGAUUGAGGACGAACAAACUUUUGAGGAGCUGAAAAUCUUGCGUGAGAUAGUUUACAAACAGUUCCACGAACUGGCUGAGAGCAUUAAGGAGCCAUCUGAUUCCUUGGGGGAAGUUUCUGAUCUUGACCUGGCAGCCCCCACCACUUCCAGUAGUAGCAGCAGCAGCAGCAGCAGCAGUGGAAUGCUGCGGUACCUCCAGUCUUGGUUUCCUGGCUGGGGGGGUUGGUACAGCAACUCUCAGGAAACGUUGGAAGUAGACACUUUCGAGGGAUUGCUCUCUGAGACACCUGAACACUGGAGGCCUGAGGACGUUACAGGUGCCGAUGAAUUUUUUGACUUGAGCACCGAUGCCUCCAGCAUCAAGCACCCCUUCACAAAGAGGGACCACGUCUUUGCCAAGUUAAACCUUCAGCUGCAGGGUGGCUCUGUCACCUUGCUGCACACGGAGAGGCGGAGCCUGCGAACGAAGGAAAGGGCUUUCAUGCAGCUGGAAUUUUCAGGUGUGACGAUCCUAGCAGAAUCUCUUCCUCGUAGGAAUUCCUCCCUUUUCAAAGUUCAACUUGGCAGCCUCUUCCUCCGAGAUUUAGCAACGGAAGGAUCUAUAUUUCCAGUCCUGGUCUUCCCUAAUCCUCAAAAAGAAGUUGGCUGCGUCUCUUCCAUCGGUCUCCAAGCAUCUUCUUCAGACACGAAUAAUCAGAGCACGGCUGCCGACCCUGCUGUCCCAGUUUUUGAGAUGCUGUAUGAGAGAAACCCAGUCCGCAGCAGUUUUGAGAGACGCCUCGAAGUCAGUACCAGACCUCUAAACAUCAUUUACAAUCCACAAGCCAUUAAGAAAGUAGCCGAUUUCUUCUACAAGGGAAGGGUUCAUACCUCAGGUUUUGGAUAUCAGUCUGAGCUUGAGCUGAGGGUGGCUGAAGCUGCCAGGAGACAAUACAAUAAGCUCAAAAUGCAAACCAAAGCUGAAAUCAGACAAACCAUUGACCGUCUGCUGGUGGGGGACUUCAUUGAAGACAGCAAGCGGUGGACCGUGUGCCUUGACAUAUCUGCCCCUCAAGUAAUCUUCCCCGACGACUUUAAAUUUGCAGAUCCGGUUUUAGUAGUGAUUGAUUUGGGAAGAAUGUUACUUACCAAUUCUCGAGAGGAGCAUAAAAAGAAGAGUCCAGAGGGGCCGUCACUGGAUCUGAGCGAACUGAGCGACGACGAAUACGUGACACCUCUCGCCACUCCUCCCAGCACCCCGCCCCCGGAAGCCAGCAGUUCCAAAACUCCUGAGUUUGCUGGAGUCGAAAUCAGCGAAGAACAGCUGCAUGCCCACUUAAUGAGUAAAAAAAUGUACGAGACCUACAGCUUAUCAUUCAUGGACCUUCAGAUCAUGGUGGGGAGAGUGAAAGACAACUGGAAGCAUGCCCAGGACAGUGACGUUGGCCCUACGCAUGUGGUGGAGAAAUUCAACGUCCACUUGCAGCUGGAGCGCAGGUUAAUAUACACUUCGGACCCCAAGUAUCCCGGCGCAGUCUUGUCUGGGAAUUUACCGGAUUUGAAAAUACACAUCAAUGAGGAUAAAAUAAUAGCCCUGAAUAACUGUUUUGGAAGGCUGAGCACACCUGAAAACGAAACCUCAAGUUUUUUGCACUUAGGGAAAGAGAAGAUCUUUACAGAUACGGACCAGCUUGGAAGCUUGCAUAGUUCGGUCAUGAAUUUGACUCAAAGCGUCAUCACGAUAGAGCAGCACACAAAGGAAGUCCUCGUCGAAUCGCAGCUGCUCUUAGCAGAGUUUAAGGUGAACUGCAUGCAGCUGGGGGUGGAGAGCAAUGGCCGUUACAUCUCAGUCCUCAAGGUUUUUGGCACAAAUGCCCAUUUUGUGAAGAGGCCUUACGAUACCGAAGUCUCGCUCACUGUUCACAGCUUGCUCUUGGUUGAUACCAUGCAGACAUACGGCUCCGACUUUGACCUCCUCAUGGCUUCUCACAAGAAUCUCCGUUUUGAUGCCCCAACAGGAAGUCUGCGAGAUAGCCGGGCGCAGUCCCCUGUCACUGGGCCCUGCGAGGCCCACCCUGUAGAUAGAAAAAAUGUGACAGAAAUGCGGCCUACAACAUCGAGUGACUUAUCCAACAGCUUCCCCCCGCACGACGAAUCCUUAAUUAAACUGGAAUAUCAGUUUGUGAGUGCAGAAUGCCCGUCUAUGAACUUGGAUAGUACUCUCCAAGUGAUAUCAGUGCAGAUGAACAACCUGGAUAUCAUUCUUAACCCGGAGACCAUUGUCGAACUGAUUGGCUUCCUCCAGAAAUCUUUCCCAAAGGAGGAUGACUCUAGCCCUCAGCCAUUAAUGACCGACUUGGAAAGAAGUUGGAGUGACCAAGAGUCCUUCCAGUCUACCCAUGCCCAAUGUACAGAAGUAGCUGUGGAUAUCCACUCAUUAAACAUCCUUCUCCUCCGGACUGUCACAAUGAUAAAUGGGGAAAAGCUUGGCAGGAAGAUUGCAACCGCGAGCAUCGGGGGCACCAAAGUGAAUGUCUCCAUGGGCAGCACAGUGAACAUCAACGGGUCCCUGGGUUGUUUGCACCUUAUGGAUUUGACCCAGGACAACAUUAAAAACCUGUAUGUUGUCAGCAUCGGGAACACUGUAAGGUAUGAACAUUUAAUUUCUGACAUGGGCGACUUCAAGCCCGCAUUUCUCCAGUUCGAUGACGCCAAUAGCCUUCCAGACGCUUUGAGCUUUACAUUCAUCGAGCGGUCAGAAGAGGAAUGUUCACUUCACCUCCGGAUGGCAUCUUUGCAUUACAACCACUCGGCGAAGUUUCUGAAAGAGAUCACCUUAUCCAUAGAUGAGCUGGAGGAGAACUUCCGCAGCAUGCUGAAGAGCGCAGCGACCAAGGUGACCACCGUCUUGGCCACUAAAACCGCCGAAUACUCCGAAAUGGUUUCUUUGUUCGAUACGACCCCUCGACCGAAGGACCCUUUUUACUUCGAAAGCAAUGAAGGGGAGGAGCUCCUGCAGCCACGCCCAAAAUGUGACACCAUCAAGCUGAUUUUGAAUAUCAACAUCGAGUCCCCGGUUGUAUCCAUACCCCGUAAGCUCGGCAGCCCCGAAUUGUUGGUGGGACACCUCGGGCAAAUAUCCAUCCAGAAUUUCGUGGUGGGGGAAGACAAUUCGACCAGCGACCGGCUUCAGGUAGAAAUCAGAGAUAUUAAGAUGUAUUCUCUGAACAGCAGUCACUUGGCAGGCAAGAAAGAAGCUGCUUCUGAGAUGCCACAUGCAGUUCACGCUCUGGGAUCUGCCGGCGGCGGCAGCAGCAGCCAGGAGGAUUCCCAUUUCACUCGGCACGACUUCUUUGAGUCAUUACAUAAAGGUCAUGCUUUCCAUAUUUUGAACAAUGCCACGAUCCAGUUCAGAAUGGAGAAGAUUCCAGUGGAGAGGGAUGCAGAGCUGACCUUCUCUGUGGCUGAGGAUGUUGAAACAUCAAGCAUUAUGAGAAUCGAGGGGAAGUUUGUUAACCCUUUGCAGGUGGUGUUGGCCAAACAUGUCUACGAACAAGUUUUGCAGACUCUCGACAACUUGGUUUGCAGCGAAGACCUGACAAAGCCCUCCUCUGCCUUUCCAUCCUCCACCUAUCUUCUUUCUGGUUCUCCUUCUGCAUCACUCCGAAACACAAGCUCCGACUUCUCCACAGAGAGGAAGGAGAAUGGGCUCUUCAGUCAUUCCAGCUUUUCUACGUCUUCAAGCAAAUUUGCUCCCAUCAAGGAAGUGACCCGGUCUUUUACCCAGAUCCAAGCCAACUUCCACAUUUCUGAGCUGCAGGUUCAGUUAAGUGGUGACCUGACUCUUGGAGCCCAGGGCCUGGUUAGCUUAAAAUUCCAGGAUUUUGAUGUCGAGUUUACUAAAGACCACCCUCACACCCUGUCCAUCCAGAUUGCCCUGCGGUCUCUGUUGAUGGAGGAUCUUCUGGAGAAGAACCCAGGGUCUGUGUAUAAGAACCUCAUGGUGUCCCGUGGAGCACCCAAACCAUCCAGUUUGGCUCACAGAGAAUACCUUUCCCAAUCUUGCCCCUCUGUGUCUAAUGUGGAAUAUCCGGACAUGCCCCGUUCCCUCCCUUCGCACAUGGAAGAAGCCCCCAAUGUCUUUCAGUUGUACCAAAGACCCAGUUGCCUCUCCCACAAGAAGCAAAAAGAUGACGUGGAUUCAGGCUACCCCUUAACUCCCCCUCCUUCUCCAACCUCAAACAAGCCGAGCACUCCUUGUGGGAAGAGCGAUUUUGAUGAUUCUUUGGUUCACAUCAAUAUGCUGCUAGUGGACAAGAAGCACGCAGAGUUCUCUUCCAGUUAUGGCAGGAUCAACCGCAGCGUGGACGUCGACUUCAACUGUUUAGAUGUCUUAAUAACUCUGCAGACCUGGGUGGUGAUUCUGGAUUUUUUUGGGAUCGGAUCCACCGCCGAGAACCACAGCAUGAAGUCACAACCCGAAGACGUCCAUCAGGCAGUGAAGUCGGAAGCAAACAUCUUGUCAGACCUGGAAUUCCAAGAUUCUGCGAACACCAAACUGGACCUGAAGGUCCAUUCCCUGUCCUUGGUUCUGAAUAAGGCGACCACUGAGCUUGCUAAAGCGAACAUCUCCAAGCUUGCCACUCACAUGGAAAUAAUUGAAGGUGACCUGGCCCUUCAGGGAAGCAUCGGGAGCUUGUCGUUAAGUGACCUCACCUCACAUGGGGAGCUCUACCGAGAACGCUUUACUACCAGUGGUGAAGAGGCACUCAUCUUUCAGAUCCACAAGUACGGCCAACCUGAUCCCCUGCUGCAGAGAGAUUGCGACAUACGCGUGAGCCUGAGGAUGGCCUCGGUGCAGUACGUUCACACCCAGCGCUUCCAAGCAGAGGUGGUGUCUUUCAUCCACCAUUUCACUCAGCUGCAGGACGUCUUGGGGCGCCAGAGAGCAGCAAUCGAAGGGCAGACGGUAAGAGACCAGGCCCAGCGUGCCUCCCGAGUGCUGCUGGACAUCGAAGCGGGCGCUCCUGUCCUCCUGAUCCCCGAAAGCUCCAAAUCCAACCACCUGAUCGUGGCCAAUCUCGGCAAGCUGAAAGUCAAAAACAAGUUCCUGUUUGCCGGCACUGCAGGCACCUUCUCACUGAAAGACAAGCAAGAUUCUGCUCAGUUGUCUUCACCCCUGGGAACCCCAAAACACAGCAUGAAGAAAACACCGAGUACAGACGAGUCCAAGGCAGCAUCGAGUCCUUCUGAAGGGUUGUUCAUGAAAUCGUCAUCGUCUGGACCCAACCUGAGACUGAAAAGUGAUGCCGCAGGGAGUGUUUUAAAUAAGCCUGCAAAGCCAUCCUCUUUGCUAGCCCCGGAUAGUCCGGAGGAACAUGUCUGCCUGUUAGACUGCAUUGUGGUUGAUCUGCAGGAUAUGGAUAUUUUUGCGGCUGAACGCUUCCCCAGAGAGUAUUCAAAGGCCCCAGAGGAAACCAGCGCGGAUAUGACCUUCCCUUCCUACGUUGUCAGGCAGACGGGCAAAAGCCUUUUAACCGAACCUUUCCGGCUGAAGCUGCAAGUGGAAAGAAACUUGGACAAAGAGAUAAGCCACUCAGUUCCUGAUAUCUCCAUUCAUGGCAACCUAUCCUCAGUCUAUUGUUCUCUGGAUCUGAGUAAAUAUAAGCUGAUCCGAGGACUCCUUGAGAAUAAUCUGGGGGAACCGAUAGAGGAGUUCAUGCGACCCUAUGACUUACAAGACCCAAGAAUACACACGGUGUUGAGUGGAGAAGUGUACACCUGCGUGUCUUUCCUUAUCGACAUGGUCAAUGUUAGUCUGGAACUGACGAACCCCCAAGGGAAGGAUGGUUCGCUAGCCAGGUUUGACUUCAAGAAAUCCAAAUUGCUCUUCGAGAGUUUCUCAAAUCAAACCAAAUCCACAAACCUGGUCUCCCAUUCCAUGAUGGCAUUUGACACACGGUACGCUGGGCAGAGGGCAUCUUUGGGAAUGCCGAACGUGUUCAAUUGCAUCUUCCAGUCAUCCAAGAACACCAGCACCCAAGGAGCGAUACAGAUUGAACUUCAUUACAGAUCUACCAAGGAUUCCUCCUGCUUCACAGCUGUCCUGAACAACCUUCGGGUGUUCCUGAUCUUUGAUUGGCUCCUGCUCGUUCACGACUUCAUACAGACGCCCAGUGACACCAAGAAGCCAACCAACCUCACUCCUUCCAGACAGCGCAAUUACAGCAGCGAAAUGGCAGUCAUUCCCAAAGCGGUAAAGUGCGGGAUCGUCACAAAGCGUUCCUCUCUUCAGGUCUCUGCUGAAAAACAGUUGGAAGUCAAGAUCAACGUGACGGGUACUGAAUUUGUGGUGGUUGAAGACAUGUCCUCUCUGGAUACCAGUGCCAUUAUUCUGAAAGGGACCACGGUUCUCACCUACAAGCCCAAACUGGUGGAUCGCCCUUUCUCUGGCAGUUUGUUUGGCAUUGAGGUUUUUUCCUGCCGGCUGGGAAACGAGCAGGAAACGGCCCUCUCCAUCAUCGAUCCUGUACAAAUUCAGAUUGAUCUUGUGGGGAAUUCUUCAUAUCCCAGUGGGUCCGGGUUGCUGGAUGCAUUCAACAGUGAAGACUUCCCACCUGUUUUAGAGAUUCAUUUACAAGCACUGGACAUCCGAUUGUCUUACAAUGACGUGCAGCUGUUUCUGGCUAUCGCCAAGUCCAUUCCUGGCCAGACCAGCAGCGCCACGCCUGACGCUUCUGCCCCAGAUGGCAGAGCGUCUGUUUUUGCUCCUCCUGCUGCAGUAAAAGAGGUCUCGGGACCAGCCUCAGAAACCACAGGCGCUUCGAAACACACUCUGGAUCCUGUCCUUGAGUUACAGCUGGCUCGGCUGCAGGAACUGGGAUUUAGCGUCGACGACUGUCGCAAAGCUCUUUUGGUGUGCCAAGGUCAACUGAAGAAAGCAGCGAGCUGGUUGUUCAAGAACGCUGAACCUCUGAAGUGCGUGCAGUCAGACUCGAGUCAGCGAGAGAACCAGGGCUCCACUGCCCUGCGCUUCAUUUCUGGAGUGGAAGUCAAAGCCGAAAGCGUCUGCAUUUGCUUCAUAGACGACUGCAUGGACUGCGACAUUCCCUUAGCUGAAUUAACCUUUUCACGUCUGAAUUUUCUCCAGCAUCUAAGAACCAGCCCCGAAGGCUAUGCUCAUUUUACACUCUCUGGAGAUUAUUAUAACCGUGAGCUAUCUGGCUGGGAACCAUUUAUCGAGCCCUGGCCAUGCUCGCUCACCUGGCAGCAGCAGGCGGCCAGUCGCCUCCACCCUUCUCGGUUGAAGCUGGAGGUGAAAACGAAGCAUCGCCUGGACAUCAACAUCACUUCUGUGUUAACUGAGCAGUAUGCUAGUACCAAACAGUCAUGGAUGGCAGAUUACUGCAAGCAGGAGAAAGAAGUGGAGGCCGUCGAAUCCGAAGAAUGGAUGGGCUCUUCAGUUGAUCCUCCGUCGCUGGGGCAGGGCCUUCCUCUUGUCUACCUUAGAACUAGGAGCACAGCCAGUCUGACUAACCUAGAGCACCAGAUGUAUGCUAGAGCUGAAAUGAAGGCUCCAAAACGUCGACACCCUUUCGUGCCCUUUGCCCUGCGGAAUCAUACCGGUUGCACUCUCUGGUUUGCCACUUUGACCACCACCCCAACACGUGCUGCGCUCUCACACAGUGGAAGCCCCGGUGUCCUUCCAGAGGAAAACGGCACAUUCCUCGAUGAUGCGCACAAAGUCAGCGAGUGGCGGGAAGUCCUGACGGGUGAAGAGGUUCCAUUUGAGUUUGAAGCCAGGGGGAAACUGAGGCACAGGCACACACACGACCUAAGGAUUCAUCAGCUGCAGGUGCGAGUAAACGGCUGGGAGCAAGUCAGCCCCGUCUCAGUGGACAAAGUGGGGAUUUUUUUCCGCUACGCAGCUCCAGACAAGAGCACAUCUUCGUCGACUGUUGGCAGCCCAAUUAGCAGAACAAACAUCAUCCAUCCUCAUGUUUAUUUUUCUUCACUGCCUCCGGUGCGAGUGGUGUUUGCGGUCACCAUGGAAGGGAGUGCCCGGAAGGUGAUCACAGUACGCUCGGCCUUGAUGGUGAGGAACAAGCUGGAGAUUCCAAUGGAGCUGAGGCUCGACAGUCCAUCCGCUCCCGACAAACCUGUCGUCCUGCCUUCAGUAAUGCCAGGGGAUUCCUUUGCUAUUCCUCUGCAUCUCACCUCUUGGCGCCUGCAAGCCAGGCCGAAGGGAAUGGGCGUCUUCUUCUGCAAGUCCCCAAUCCACUGGACGAACGUCCAGAAGGCCUCGGAGGUCAGCAGCAGCAAGCGAGAGUGCCACGCGAUGGAGUCCGAAAACAGCAGAUUCUUCAGGUUUUGUGUCGCUAUAAAGAAAGAGAACUAUCCCGAUUACAUGCCCUCCAACAUCUUCUCCGACAGCGCCAAGCAGAUUUUCAGGCAGCCUGGGCACACCAUUUACCUCCUGCCCACGGUGGUGCUUUGUAACCUGCUCCCCUUUGAGCUUGAGUUUUAUGUGAAAGGGGUGCCCAUCAGUGGGACGUUAAAGCCAGGCAAAGAGGUGGCACUGCACACAGCCGACACUUCACAGAACGUUGAGCUCGGAGUCUCCUUAGAAAACUUCCCGCAUUGCAAAGAGCUCUUGAUACCUCCCGGAACACAGAACUACAUUGUGCGGAUGAGACUGUACGAUGUCAACAAGCGCCUCUUGAAUCUCACCAUCCGCAUCGUGUGCCGAGCUGAAGGGUCCUUGAAAAUAUUUAUCGCUGCCCCCUAUUGGCUCAUCAACAAAACAGGGUUGCCCCUGAUCUUCAGGCAAGACAAUGCCAAGAUCGAUGCGGCUGGCCAGUUUGAAGAACAUGAACUAGCCAGAAGCCUGAGCCCUCUCCUGUUCUGUUACGCCGACAAGGAGCAGCCAAACCUUUGUACAAUGAGAGUCGGAAAGGGCAUCCACCCCGAAAGCAUGCCCGGUUGGUGCCAGGGCUUCUCCCUGGACGGGGGGAGCGGCGUCAGGGCCCUGAAAGUGAUCCAGCAAGGGAACCGACCAGGCCUCAUUUACAAUAUUGGGAUUGACGUGAAGAAGGGCAGAGGCCGCUACAUCGACACUUGCAUGGUGACCUUUGCACCUCGCUACCUGUUGGAUAACAGAUCCAAGCACAAGCUUGCCUUUGCGCAGAGGGCGUUCGCCAGGGGACAGGGCUCUUCCAACCCCGAUGGCUACAUCUCAACCCUCCCUGGCUCGAGCGUCGUCUUCCACUGGCCUCGCAACGAUUACGACCAGUUGUUGUGCGUUCGGCUAAUGGACGUCCCCAACUGCAUCUGGUCCGGAGGCUUUGAAGUCAACAAAAAUAAUUCUUUCCACGUCAAUAUGAGGGACACCCUUGGGAAAUGCUACUUCUUACGAAUAGAGAUCACUCUAAAGGGAGCAACGUACCGCGUCUCGUUCAGUGACACUGAUCAGUUACCGCCUCCAUUCCGUAUAGACAAUUUUUCCAAGGUCCCCAUCGUGUUUACGCAGCUCGGCGUGGCAGAACCACGGCUCAGCACAGAAGUCAAGGCAAUGACCUCUUUGGACUAUGCCUGGGACGAGCCCACCUUGCCACCGUGCAUCACACUGACAGUUAAAGGGGCCGGCUCCUCCGAAAUCACAUGCAGCAUGGAUGACUUUCAGGACAGCAAACAACUCUAUUACGAAAAUUUCAUCUACAUUGCUGCAGCGUACACUUUCUCUGGCCUGCAGGAAGAAAGCGGGAGGCCGGUCGCUCCAAACAAAGAGCUGGAUUGUGCUGAGCUCGUUCUUGAUGUCUCUCCCAAGACGCAGAGGGUCGUUUUAAAGAAAAAGGAGCCGGGGAAGCGCUCUCAGCUGUGGCGAAUGACAGGCACUGGCAUGCUGUGCCACGAAGGCUCUGCCGUCCCUCACCAUCCGAACAAGCCAUCCCCUCCUCGGUCUACGGAAUCCUCCAUGAUCUUGGACAUCGCCGGCCUUGCAGCCGUCACCGAUAACAAAUAUGAGCCGUUGAUGCUGAGAAAGCCAGACAGGCGGCGGAGUACGACUCAGACAUGGAGUUUCCGGGACGGAAAGCUGGUGUGUGGCAUGCAUGGGCUGGUUGUACAGACAAAAGGGGGCAGAUCUGGGCUCCGCGACGGGGCGGAAGUCGUCCUAGGUCCAGACGCUUCUCUGGAAACGUUAAGCCUGGUUCCUCCAGAGCAGCAGUUCAUCAAUCAGAAGAUGAGGCCGGGCUCCGGCAUCCUUGUAGCCAGAGUCAUUCCGGAUGGGCCGACUCGAGUUUUACAGAUAACAGACUUCAACCAACGCAGAAACGAUCGUUUCUCAUACGAAGGAGAGGAGCUGCUCACGCUGGAGCAGGAUCUGUGGAAGUUGAAGAACCCAGACGCAGAGCAAGAACUGGAAGUUCAGUUGAAACUGGAAGGGGGCAUUGGUUUAUCCUUAGUUAAUAAAGUCCCAGAAGAGCUGGUCUUUGCCAGCUUCACUGGCAUUAAUGUCCAUUUCAUGCAGCUGUCCUCCAGUCAAGUGCUUGAGCUGAGCAUACAGGAUGUGCAGGUGGACAACCAGCUCAUCGGGACCACUCAGCCUUUCAUGCUCUUUCUGACCCCCAAAACCAAUGAAAACGAAGCUGCCGAGACGGGCCCCGCCUUGCAAUUGAAUGCCAUGAAAUUUCCCAGUAAGAGCCCUUUAACUGAUAUAUACAAGCACCUGAUGAUCACGGCUCGCAGGUUUACAGUCCAAAUUGAGGAGAAACUGCUUCUGAAGCUUCUGAGUUUCUUUGGCUACGAUCAGACAGAAUCAGAGGUUGAAAGUUAUGAUGAGAAUCUUCAUGAAAAGCCAGUGGAUCAAGGAGCCCAGAAGCGAUAUUAUUUUGAAAACCUCAAAAUUAGUGUGCCACAGAUAAAGCUGAGCGUCUUCACUUCCAGCAAGCUACCCCUGGACCUCAAGGCACUGAAGAGCACCCUUGGUUUUCCCCUGAUUCGAUUUGAAGAUGCUGUGAUCAACCUGGAUCCCUUCACCAGGGUCCAUCCUUACGAGACGAAAGAGUUCAUCGUUAAUGACGUUUUGAAGCACUUUCAAGAAGAACUGCUCAGCCAAGCAGCAAGAAUCCUAGGCUCUGUGGAUUUCCUCGGCAACCCAAUGGGUCUCCUGAAUGACGUUUCGGAAGGAGUCACUGGGCUGAUAAAGUAUGGAAACGUUGGUGGCCUUAUAAGGAAUGUCACACAUGGAGUGUCAAACUCUGCUGCAAAGUUUGCCGGGACUUUAUCCGACGGCUUGGGGAAGACGAUGGACAAUCGGCAUCAGAUGGAGCGAGAGUACAUCCGAUACCAUGCUGCCACGAGCGGUGAACACCUCGUGGCUGGUAUCCAAGGACUAGCUCACGGUAUCAUUGGCGGAUUGACCAGCGUGAUCACCUCGACAGUGGAAGGCGUAAAAACCGAAGGGGGUGUAAGCGGCUUUAUAUCUGGCUUUGGAAAAGGAUUAGUUGGAACCGUAACCAAACCAGUGGCGGGCGCUCUGGAUUUUGCUUCCGAAACUGCUCAAGCAGUGAGAGAUACAGCCACUCUGACUGGCCCCAGGACGCAGGCGGAGAGAGUGAGAAAGCCUCGGUGCUGCCGGGGGCCGCAGGGGCUCUUGCCCCGCUAUUCCGAGAGCCAGGCAGAAGGGCAGGAGCAGCUCUUCAAACUGGCAGACAACAUCCAGGACGAGUUCUUCAUCGCUGUGGAGAAUAUCGACAGCUACUGCGUGAUCAUUUCCUCCAAAGCUGUUUAUUUCCUCAAGAGUGGGGACUAUGUGGACCGCGAGGCCAUUUUCCUGGAGGUCAAGUAUGGCGACCUCUACCAUUGCCUUAUCUCGAAGGACCACGGGAAGGUCUACAUCCAGCUGACCAAGAGAGCUGUCAAUUCAAGCAGCGGUGUGUCUAUGCCUGGCCCGUCACAUCAGAAGCCCAUGGUGCACGUGAAGUCCGAGGCCCUCGCCGUGAAGCUGUCCCAAGAAAUCAACUAUGCAAAGAGCCUUUUCUACGAACAGCAGCUGAUGUUAAGAUCCAGCGAGCAUCACGAACAACUGGAGUUGGACUCGUGACCUCCAUGGAAGCCCCGACGUGGGGGGGGGGGAUGUUUCCCCCUCGGCUCAGUAAAAGGCAGCUGCCGGUUGUUAGAAGGUGUGUUCCGUGAGGCUGAUGAGCCCAAGGCUGUGGAAACAAAGGUCCUCUGCGGCACAGGGCCCUUAAGAUUGAGAGUGAAGGCCCAUUUGAAGUAUCUUUAGCUAUAGGAAAAAGCCCUGUAUUUUCUUACUGUUUGAAGUGUGUAUAAAUACUUGUACACAUACAUAUAUAUAUAUAUAUAUACACAUAUAUAUAUAUGUACAACUGUGUUUAGUGUAAAUAAGAAAGUCGUAAAGCAAGUUGCUAGGGUGUAUAAAGGUCUAUUUCAUGUAAAGAAAUUAAAGAAAGGGUUUUAUUGAGUCUCUUAUUGCACUGAUUUGCAAGCCUUUGAAACAGCACAUUUUUCCCCUCAAAGAGAUGAGAAGGGACUGUGAAUGGAGGACGGCUGGAAGGCCUAAGAGGGUUGCAGGCGUCGGUGGGUGAUCUGCGAAGGUCAUCGUGGGCAAGACCUAUUGCCUUUAGUGCCCUGCUGUAGAGCCUAAGUCUUUCUUGUCUUCCUGUUUACGUGAUGGAUUUACUGCCCUUUGCCCAAACCCAUUGGAAGCCGCACAGACAGGGUCUCCCUCCAAAAGUUGCAAUGGACCACCGACUUCACUCCGCGAAAACAUCCUGCCGUUGACGAAACCAGCAUGUACCAGUAAGUGAGAAGCUCAUGCAACGUGGAAAAACUCCCCCCCCCCUCAAAAAAAGUACUUUUGUGAGAUUGUUGGGGGAGGGAAAUCAACAGUCUCACUUUGGAGUUUUAACAGGGAUACUUUUUGUAGGAAAGAUGCAGUAUUAAGCCUUUUUUUUAAACUUAGAAUGGUGGAAGUAUCGACCUGUAAGCAGAAAACAGACUCGGCGCCCUGACCAGGAGAAAAGACUGGAUCUAAGAAAAACGAUAACUGCCCUUGCGGGGAAGUAAGCCCAAACUUGUAAAAAAAGAAAAAAGUCAAAUCGCAGACGUGUGGUUUGAAUCAGCAUUUAAUUGUCAGUACUGCCAUAUCUUUGACUUCACAUUCUUUUGAUGAUAGCAUUGUCGGAAGGGGCCAGGCAUUCUACAUAUGCUUAUUUAUUUCUCUCCCCGCCCCACCCCCCAGGCUACAAUCCCAGGGAAGUCACGUCUCUGAUCAGCUUCAAGUAGGUUUCACUCUUGUGGCUUGAGGCGUAACCGAACAGGCUGUUGUUUUGUAACUCACGUACCAUGCCGAACGCUGCAUCUCGACCACCCUUUCAGCCGCCUGUACAAGUGGAACGUCCCAUCUGCCUCAACAGUAGGGCUUUUUUUUCGUAGCAAGAACUCCUUUGGAUAUUAGGCCACGCACCCCUGAUGUAGCCAAUCCUCCAAGAGCUUACAGCAGGCCCUGUAAGAAGAGCCCUGUAAGCUCUUGAAGGAUUGGCUACAUAAGAGGGGUGUGGCCUAAUAUGCAAAGGAGUUCCUGCUACAAAAAAAAAACCCUGCUCAAUAGGCAUAACCUCUGGGUUAAUAGAUAGCAACAAAGAUGCUUGCUUGGUUUCUCUGAGAAAGCAGGUCUGCUUUUUUGGGGAUGGGGGGUGGGAAUGUAGCACGGGAAGCAUAUUGGGUUUGUUUCUAAGAUGUCACCCCCCCAAAGCAAGGCGUCCCUGGCUUCCCUCUGAAUUAUCAUGAUGGUUGUUCUGUCCAAAGAGUAUUUUCAUGCAACCCAAGUGGGGUAGAAUACAGCUGCAUCCUCUCAAUGUAAUAUCCGGUGCCGAGUCGAAAGUGUGUGUGAAUUGCCUCUCUUCUCCGUGAGGGCUUGAAUCAGUGCUUGAAUUGUGCAGAUGGUUUUUGAUGCAGCCGUUUUCCAUGUACACAUCUCUGUAUAUUUUCCUGUGUGUUGCAGUUUCUUUUUUUGGACAGUCCUACUCAAGUGCUUUAGCUGAAUCAUUCAGCCCCCGUCGCCCUUCAAUACCGCUUGCUGAGGAAAUUGGGUCCCAAAAUCGAUAAGUCAAAUCCAUGUGAGGGUGCAAAAGACAAGGUGACAUUAAUAAACAAAAUCCUGAAUGUAUGAAUCA